UUUUCAGAGUAGACCUUGCAUGUCAGAUGUCAAAAUCUUUGCGUUUAAAUUUAUCACAAUUUUUUAAAUCAAAAUUUUGAUAAUAAACCGUUUCGAAUAAUCGCCAAAAUGAAUAAGUUUGUAUCGGAAAAUUUAAUGCUCCUCGAGUUCCUCGUGGAUGAAAUUUUCUUCACUGCACCAACACAAAAGAAAAUCAACUCAGUCAAUGGCGAAACCAACGUCAUGUUCCACUUCUUGGAUAACAAACCUAUCAUAAUUACUGCCAAUGAACUACAGAAUUCUUGCGCCGGUAGUGAGACACGCUGCGGUAAAUCAUGCCUGUUCUCGAUGACCACCGAGCAAGGCGUCGAAGCACUUGGCAAUUUUCUAAUUCAAAUCAAAAUAUUCCAAAAAUUUCCACCUGGCGUUCUGCCGAAUGCUAUAGACAUAGCUUGUGGCGAGAUUUGCAUAAGUGAAUUGUUUCAAGAGUUGAUGGAAAGUGCAAUGGGAAGUACAGAAAAAGCGUGGGUCAAGUGUCAAAAAGAAACUGUAAAACUUUAUAUGUGUGGUGAGUGUGUGGGAUCCGUGUCAGUUUUUGUAAGAAUGUCCUGUUACGGAAAGUAUAUAGUCACGCAAUGCGAGAUGAACAUGGGUGACUUCCAAGACCGAAAACAACAAAGCUGUUUGGAUCAAAAUGUUCCCAAACAAACUAAGUGUCUGCCUCUACCGGAUACAUUGGUAAAAGAAGCUAAAGGCACAAAGGACAAAGAGAAAAUGCCAAAAAGGCAGAUUGGUGCAGGUGAAAUCAUAAACGAAGACCCUUGCAACACAAUAACAAGACAAUCCAUUGAUACAUGUAUGGAAAAGCAAGGAGACAAUAACUUUAGUCAAGUAGGAGCGAGAGAUAUGGCUUUUCAAAUGUUGGAUGCCCCACAGUGGGAUGGUAGCCCACAACCACUAAACCAGAACCAAUCUAAAGACCCCUAUUCCCAAAUGUCGCGUAAUUAUCCCUCGUAUUCAUCAUAUCCAUCACCCGGUAUAGUUGGAUUUCCGCAAGAGGUUACAUCUUGUAAUCCAUGUCCAGUUUCGCUACAAACGACUGAAUUUGCUCCGAGGGAAAUAAUGGCCCGACCCCCACAAAAGAGAGUAGUUGCCAAAAACCAUCAAAAGAUAAAAUUCUACAGGCUAGCUGCUCUACUAAAUGAACAAUUCAAUGAGGAAAUGCGAAGAGAAAAAGUUUAUGGAAAAUGUCCAGUGGGACAGUUCGCUAAUGUAAAACGUCCGAAAGGUGGCCUUAAAGAAUUGUACUUUAAAUGCCUUGGAGCGUCAGGGAUGAAGAGCGGAAAACAGAAAAAAGAGAAAAAAGGUAAGAAAGCUAAGAAAACUGGAAAGGGUAAAAAGGGUGGAAAGAGUAAAGAAGGUGGAGAAGGUGGUAAGAAAAAAGGUGGCAAGAAGAAAUCUAAAGAUGGUGGCGAGAAGAAAGCUAAAAAAGGUGGAAUGAAGAAAGCUAAGAAAGCCGAGACAAAAUCUGAUACGGAGAGUUCUGAAGACGAAACGUCUGAAGCAAGCACUGUAAAAACCAAAACCAAGCAAACUUACUUUAGACCAAAGAGGAAGCUACAGAAACACGGUGGAAUUACUGUACCGGACAGGAAACCUCGUAACAAUUUAGGCCCAUUCUGUUCUUAUUCAAAUAUACACAUAAUGGCGGACGAAGAAGCGACAGAUCAAGCAGAAACACCAACAGAAGAAACAGAAAAGAAACCUGAUGAUGCAGAAAACGAAGAACCAGCAGUUCCACCACCUCCACUAGUAAAACAGAAAUUGUAUAUGUUAGAAUUUAUAGUGGAUGACAUCAGCUUGGACUUCUGUAAUGCGAAACAACUCAUCUGCUUCGGUGUAGGAAAAACCGUCGUAGAGUUUAAAUUCCUAGAUAUAGGACCAUUGCGUAUUACAGAAGACGACUUCGUCCCCAUUAAAAAACGAUACCUCGAAGGUUGCACAGGCACAGGCAGUAUUAAAAACGGCAAAUCUAUUAUUUUCGGACUUACACCUGAUCAAGCCAAAGAAGUCGCACAGAAAACAAUACUCUACUGCGAUUGUAUCAAAAAGACUGACAAGAAAGAACACAAAAUCGGAAGCUGUAUAAUUCGCCUGAUAAACUUGUUCAAAGAACUUUUGGAGAUUGUUGAUGAAGGUGGCCAGACCAAUUACUAUAAAAACAUCAAAGAUUUCUACAAGAUUAAAGACACUGAUGGUAUGGUAAUCGGGCAUUUAUACGCCUACAUCCGCAUGUCGUGCUUCAAUGAGAUCAUCGUAAACAAAUUCAAAAAAGACCCCAAUGCUGAGAUAGAUUACAAACCAGAGAAAGGUGUGUACAAUUACAAAUACAACCGCUCCAAAGUUAAACUCGACGAUGCGAAGCAAAUCUGCGAAUGUAAAACCAAUAAGAGCACGACACAAGUCUGUGAGUGUCCCGCCGAAUGCCCGCAGAAAACAUGCCCACAAGUUUAUAUCGAUAACAAGUGCAUUUUCGACUGCCCACAAACUCUGAGACCAUGCGAAGAUUGUCCACCCACAUGCGCAGCUAACAAAGCAGCUGGACUUUUCCGGACCAACAAAGAGAGUUUUCUAGCAGAUUCCAAAUCCAAAGCUAGUAAAAAGAGUGGAAAAAGUGCCAAAAGCAACAAAAAAGGAAAUAAGAACAAGAAAAAAAAGUGAAAGAAAAUAAAAUCUUUGAAACCA